CGCCUUUAGUGUUUAGAGCUUUUUUGUGGGCGGGGUUUCGCUGGAGCGGAAGUGAGGUCACUAGCCCCGGAACACCCGCCUGGUGUGAGUGUCCAGUGCUGUUAUUGUGCCUGGUGAAGCAGAAGCGCAUUCCGGGGUACACACGGCGGCAGCAUGUCUGAUCAGGAAGCAAAACCCUCAAGUGAAGAUUUAGGGGACAAGAAAGAUGGAGGGGAUUAUAUUAAACUCAAAGUAAUUGGACAGGACAGCAGUGAAAUUCACUUCAAGGUAAAGAUGACGACGCAUCUGAAAAAGCUGAAAGAGUCAUAUUGUCAGAGACAGGGUGUUCCUAUGAAUUCACUCAGGUUUCUGUUUGAAGGGCAGAGGAUCUCAGACCACCAAACUCCUAAAGAGCUUGGUAUGGAAGAGGAAGAUGUUAUUGAAGUUUAUCAGGAACAGACUGGGGGUCAUUCAUCGUUUUAAAACUUUUAUGUAAAUUUUCCCGUUUUACUUUUGGUAAUUCCCUUUUCACUUUUUUGUUGCAAUUUUGGUUUUAACAUGUUUUUUAAUGUCAUUUACCUAUCCUCUGCGAACUGUUUUCUUCAUAGUAAUAUGCUACCAGUCUACAAAAUCGCCUCAUUUUAAUGUCCACAUCAACUAUCAAGCACAGAGUAGUUUCUGACGGCUGCACCGGUCCAGGUCCUAUGUUAAUAUUUUUAUUUCUCUUCACCUCUUCUGGACAGUGAGGACCUACUCUGGAAUCCACAUCGUGAAUUCACUUAGUGAUGAGGAGAUCAGUAGCCGGGGACUUAAGAUGAAAAUGUAAAAAUAAAAUAAAAAUUUUGGAUUAGCUUCUUAUCAAACAAUAAUGAACAUGACCCCCUUUAUUGUCAUUGUUCCAACGCCGGCCUAGCAGAAAUAGGAAUUGUGUUUUUCUAGAUACAAGUGGUCAUGCAAUACAACCCGUUAUGGAAAUAAUGUUUGGUGUAUCUUUUUAUUUUUGUGGGGCUUGGGUUUUAAUAAAAAGGAAAAAAAAAAAGUAUAUUACAAAAAAGUUUUUUGUCUUUUUGCUUAAUUUGAAGUUCUAUAUAUAAAAAUAA